AUGUCUCGACGGUUCUCGUACUUAGCGGAGACGAUGCACCAGCCUGGCCAAUCCCUCUGGCUAUCGACAUCAGUUCUCUUCGCCGGAUCGAUUCGUUCCUCAGAGGCCUUUGCUCGUAGACAAGAGGUCCUCUUACCAGAUCAGUACGCCUCCUACUCUCCUGCAGGGUCUGAUACGAGAUCCAGGAAUUUGGCUCGGCAGAGACAUUCGCCCAAUGCCUAUAAUCUUCGUCCACCUCACUACAUCCCAUCAUUUGUGACUGGAGCCGACGCUACUCCAGCGCAUGCAGAUCAUGGGACACCGUCGAGGUCCCUUCGCCAGAUCAGCAGCGGAUUUUGGACCGUGGGCGGUCAGUUAUCCGCCCAAGUCGGACAGCUGCAUGGGGUAAGCUCUGGUACGGGCGGGUUCCUGGCCAGCGGCACAAACGCACCACUGCAUACCGCCACGUUUCUCGACCAGCCUACUCCAGACGAUCAGACCACGGGGCAUCAACGUCGCCUUGCCUUGGCCCUGGACAUUGAUCAGGCGAGUCGGAUCUUGCUCCAAGAUUUCCCAAGCCAAAGGAAUGCUGGAGACAUCCUCCCCAAAUACAGCCCGUUCGUAUGGAGAGACAAUGCUUGGACUCGAGAUCUGGUACCUCGGAACUCACCGGACAAGCGGGAAGAGAAGCCACAGAACGAGAAAGCCGUGCCAACGGUUCCCUUCCGGGUCCUUGAUGCUCCUAACCUCAAGGACGACUACUACUGUUCUGUCUUGGCCUACAGCUACACCUGCCGCACAUUAGCAGUGGCUUUAUCGCAGAAGGUUUACCUAUGGACAGAGAAAUACGGUGUCAGAUUUCCUCCGCUCCCUCCUUCCCGACCGGCGAGUUUCGUGACAUCCCUGGCCUUUUCAUCGGAAAGAGGAGCCAGAGCCAUACUGGCGGUCGGGAGAAAUAGCGGCAAUGUUACACUAUGGAGUCUUCUGGAAGCUAGACCGAGAUUCGAUGCUCCUCAUCCGUGUGCAGCAUCUUGUGUUUCCUUCAAGCCUACCCAGACACCCCGACAAUCGACUAGCCAUGCUGGCCUUGUCCUAUGCGAAGAUCUGCUUGUCGGGGACGAUUCCGGCAGGAUAUACUAUUACUCAUUGGAGUGGCCUGAACAGGCACCAGGAUCAAUGACGUUAUUGGCGAAGAUUGAUGCACAUACCCAAAACAUCUGCGGUCUGGCAUGGUCUCCUGACGGUCAGCAAUUCGUCUCAGGGGGUAAUGACAAUCGAGCCCUCUUAUUUGACCCGGAGCUCUUCCUCGAAACAGUGGAGGAGCAGGGAAUCUCCCGGCAGGGCCUCGAAACGUUGCCGAGCUCAGCAUUAAGACAAGUUCAUCAACAAGGAAGGGCAGAUGUUGGGGUCAUGACGCCUCCCGAGUCGCCUGAAAGGAACGAAUCAGACACUCAACAGAAUCUGCCAGGCCUUGUCGCCGCAAGAGACCAUACCGCUCCUGCCCAUGGCUUGAACACACCGCCACCUACUCCUCUAGAGCGCGGUCGCACUCCUGUUCGGUCGCCCAUAUCUGAGCAUCGUUGGACGCAAGGUCGGCAUGGCGGAGCACUCGGAGAAGACCUUCCUCUGGUGCGAAAUGGGCUUGCAAACCCCGACAUUCCUGGCCAGAUGAACAUGCAUGUUUACUCAUUCUACCAUUCAGCAGCUGUCAAAGCCAUUGCCUUUGCUCCGUGGCAACCAAGCUUACUGGCUACCGGCGGAGGUAGCAACGAUCGUCAAAUCCAUUUCUUUCACACAGGCUCUGGUGCGCUUCUGGCGUUGAUCAAUGUCUUCUCGCAAGUGACAAGCUUGCCGGAGCAUGAAAUCAGGAUAGCAGUCUUUAGCUGGCCAAGUUGUGAAUGUGUUGUCAGUGUGCCAUGGGACCGGAAACAGAAUGGCGAGGUCGGGCGCGCAUUGUGGGCAAUACCGUAUCCAGGAGGGCCCAACGACGCAAUCCCAAGUCGAAGGCAAAGCGACUCAUCGGACGGUUUCUCGGCAUGGGAAGCAGUUCGACAACGGGAGGCAGAGCGGGUGACAGCCGACGCAGACCUACACCCUCGACGCCGUCUGGCGCCUGGUACUGACAGGACAGGGACCGAAAAUGGAACCCAUGACGGACCGGGAUCUUGGAGCCGACCGCGAGAUAGUGAUCGAAGAGAUCUUCGAGGCGAAGGCGAGCCGUGGGGCUCCCGCACAGAGGAGGAGGGCAGUUUGAUCAUUGCAUGCUGCGAUCAGACAGUCAAGUUCUUCGAAAUCUGGGCGGGCAAAAGCAAAGGCAAGGGAAGGGGCCUAGGCAACAGACAUGGCGUGCUGGGUGGUAGUCGUGUCCUCGAAGGGUGGUGCGAGGGUGUCAGCGUGGAUGAGAUUGGGUCCGGCGAGGUCGUCCGCUAG